AUGUCCGCACGCUUCCAGUCGUCUCUGCGAAGUCAGCUUCGUGAAUUGAGUGACCUUCUGCAUGAGCAUCGUCCAAAACGGCGCUUUUCUGAGUCUGUCGAGUCUGUCAAGUCUGUGAAUGACAGUAACGUUACGACCAGCUCUCCUCAGAAACGUCCCUUGUCGCAGACGAUUGAUUUCGAGUCUAACGUGUCCCAGCGUCGAAAACGCGACCCGUAUUUUGCAAACGUAGGACUGCAGAUCCGAGAGGACACUCCAUUGGAGCAAAAAUCUGCGUCCCCUAGUCUAAAUCUCAAAACAGAUGAUUUCCCAAUCGCCUCAGAGCAGUCGCUCUCCCCGUUGCAAAACUCUGCGUCUCCUUCUCUUGAUCUCGAAACUGACGAUUUUCCAAUUGCCUCAGAGCACUCUGAAGUGCCGCCUAGCGAGAAGGAUUCUGAGCAUCCCGAACCUAAGUCGGUAGCACCUACAAAUCCGAACACGAUUGCACAGAGCCCAAUUAAGACUCAAAGGCCAGCCUCUUCGGCUUCUCAAGAAGACGAGCUGGGUCCCAAGAACAUCUCUGACAUUUUGAAGCUUUGUCUUCUUCCCACAUCCACCCCAUCCACGCGUGACCUAUCCACUCAGCUAGCCCGGUUUUUCUCCCAAGAAACAUGCGCUGCGAUCAAAAAGGCGGCCUCGGAUCGGGACUUUCCCACUGGCUUUCAAACUGUGGUAUCUAUUCUUCAGGAUCGAGGUCUCCUGCCAGAAAACAGCAGCAAAGAUGAGUUUUACGAGUUUUGUUGUAAGUUUUUAUGUUUGGAAGAUCUCGCUGCGGUUGAGAUUGUACUAUUUACAUGA